AUGGAAGGAGACAACGUACCUGUUUCUCAGCUUUGCGAGAAUGUAAAUACUCUGAGCCUCAACUCCGACGCUCAAAACGCCGAGACAGAGACAUUUGAGCGCUCAGGCGAUAUCAUCCUUGAGUUCCUACGUACGAACGUGCCGGAGUUCGCCAGGCUCAGCGCAGUUCGAAAAAAGGGAUGGGAAAACCCAGCCGGCGACACAUACUUCCGCAAGCAACGGGAGGCUGCAGACCAUGCCGACGAAAAGUUGUCAGCGGUCUUUUACAACAUGAUGAAAGGCAUAGGGACUGAGCUGCACCGAAAGACCCAGGCGUUGAAGAUCAAGGGGCCAGCACUGGGACAGAAGCGCAUCUUGGAUAUGUGCAUGGCGCCUGGAGGGUUCCUCGCGGUGGCUCUCGAGAAGAAUCCAGAUGCACACGCUCUUGGUUUUAGUCUCCCCGUCUCGCAGGGCGGGCACAAGCCUUUGCUCCCACCCAGCAGAAACGUGGACGUCAAGUUCAUGGACAUCACGAUGUUGGCGCAGGAUAUGGGGGUUACAGACAUUCCAUCAGAUCACCCUGACUCUGGCAACUUCAUCUCGCAGCAGCUGGGCCCACAAGACAAGUUCCAUCUCAUCCUCUGUGACGGGCAGGUUCUUCGCCAGCACGGGGAGUUCAGGGCGCAGUACCGAGAGAAAUGCGAAGCGCGGCGAUUGACGGUCACCCAACUUGCCAUUGGGCUAGAGCACCUUCAGCCGGGCGGCACAAUGGUUGUUUUGCUGCACAAGGUCGAAGCAUGGGAUACCGUACUUCUGUUGCGGGACUUCAGCAAAUUCUCAACCGUCCGGCUUUUCAAGCCUUCGAGGAGCCACGCAAAGCGCUCAUCAUUCUACAUGAUUGCGAGCAAAGUCCAGAGUCAGAGCGCGGCGGCUGCUGUGGCCGUCAAGGUGUGGAAAGAGGUCUGGAGGGUUUCCACAUUUGAUUUGAAUGGGGAGAUGAAGCACAGCUGGCGAGAGGAGGAGCCGAGUGCGAAAGACGUGAUUGAUGAGUUUGGGGAUCAGCUCAUCAGGCUAGGCAGAAAUGUUUGGAAAACUCAGGCUGAGGCGCUGGAGAGGGCUACGUUCAUCAAAGGAUGA